CCAUCCACAGACUGUAAGGUACAAGUGCCACAAGGAGACUAUAUUCCGCUAAAAAUAAUGGAUGGAACAAAGCCGGCCAUGGAGUCCAACGCAGAGGAGACUCAAGACGAGGGACAGGAGAGCAAAGGAUGCUUCGAGUGCUGCAUCAAGUGUCUAGGCGGGGUGCCCUACGCCUCCCUGGUGGCCACUAUCCUCUGCUUCUCAGGCGUGGCUCUGUUCUGCGGCUGCGGCCACGUGGCGCUGACCGGCACCCUGACCAUGCUGGAGAACCACUUCUCUAGGGUCACCAGCGACCAUGCCACCCUCGCCAUGGUGAUCCAGAUCUUUCAGUACAUCAUCUACGGGAUUGCUUCCUUCUUCUUCGUCUACGCCAUCAUCCUGCUGGCUGAGGGCUUUUACACCACCAGCGCCAUCAAGAAGGAGCUGCAGAGUGACUUCAAGACCACCGUCUGUGGACGCUGUAUCACUGCCUUCUUUAUGUUCCUGACCUACAUCCUCGCCCUGGCCUUCCUCGCCAUCUUCGGCUUCACGGCAAUACCCGUUUUGCUGUUCUUCAACAUGUGGAAUACCUGUGCUGCCAUGAAGUCUCCUGACGCCAACAUCACCUCACCUGAUUCCAUCUGUGUGGACGUCAGGCAGUAUGGUAUUAUUCCCUGGAACGCCACACCGGGAAAAGCUUGUGGAGCCACACUGGGCGACAUCUGUAACACCAGCGAGUUCUACCUGUCCUACCACCUCUACAUCGUUGCGUUCGCCGGCGCAGGUGCCACCGUCAUCGCAUUGAUCCACUACCUGAUGAUUUUGGCGGCCAACUGGGCCUACCUGAAGAGUGCCGUCUCCACGCACGAGUACCAGGACAUCAAGACCAAGGACGACCAGGAUCUGGAGGCCGAGGCACGCUCCAAGGAGGGCCAGAACUCCUCCUCCUACUCAUAAGGACGAGCGGUCCUCUCCUGCCACCACCCAUCUCUCCACAUCUCAACCCCCACCCUGCAACACCCAACACCCACCCCUCCCUUUGUUAAAAACAAACCACCUCGGUCAUGUUUGAUAGUCCCCCAACCUCCUGAUUCUCCAUCCUCUUCCCUUCCUCGAUGUUUAUUAAGAGCUGUGGGCUCACACCGGAGGGGAAGAGAAUAGAGGCUCAGGAGAAGCGGCAGGCCCAGACGGAGGCAGAUGCUUCAGAACGGGAGAGCUCGCCCGUCGGCGUCGAGCUCAGGUACGAUAUAUCAGUUCAGAAGCGUCUCCUCCCCCGUGCUUUUGGGCGCCGGCUCGUGAACGUGGCCCGGCUGUGAUGGCCUCGCGCCCUGAGCCAGCACAGCCUCUCAACACACAACUCCUAACAGCCUAAAAAAACAUUGUUUACUGUCUGCUUCAGCCACAGGGAAGCCAGGCAGCGACCAACUUCCUCCGUUUUUUGGUGUUUUAUAUGCAUAUAUAUAUGAAUAUGAAUAUAUUGUGCGAAUGUGUAUGAAUGUUGUUGUUUUUUUUAAUACUCUCUGAAAGUAUGCCAGGUACUAUUAUGAUCUUUCUUCUUCUUUAUGUUUUUGCGCUCAUAGGUUUUUCUCCUUUUCUUUCUUCUCCAUCUUAGACUUUUUAUUGCUAUUGCUCGAUACGUUGUUGCACUAUUACGAAACAAAAAAUAUAAGGGAGAAGAAAAUCCCUUAAACACAAAGCACCCAAGCCCCCCUCUGUCAUAGAAAUACCUAAAAUACUCAAAUCAUGUGGUAUCUCAAGGAUUAUUGUGCAUUUACAUGAUCAGAGUUUAUUUAUCCACCAAGGUAGUAACCGUUAAUUUACGACGAGAGGUGUAGCUAAAUUUAAUUAAAGGAAUAAUUGUGGGAAAUAUGCUAAUUCAUUUUCUUGUCAAAAGUUAGAUGAGAAGAUUGACAUCAGUCUCAUGUCUGCUUGUUAGAUAUGAAGCUACAGCCAGUACCCGGCUAGCUUAGGUUAGCAUAAUGACUGAAAAUGGGUAAAAAGAUAGCCUGGCUCUUCGUUCGUAACAAAAUCCACCUACCAGCAACUCUAAACCUCACUAAUUACCACAGUGAAUCUUGUUUCCUUAAUCUGUACAAAUAAAAUUGAAGUUUAAAACAACAAAUUGUGGUUUUAUGGGGAGGUUAAGAACCAGACUAUUCCCUGGCUAGCAUAGUGACUUCCUGAUGGCUAUGCUAACCAUAAUACCCACGUAAAACCACAACUUGUCAUUUUUACACUUUGGUUUUUGUGGGAAUUGAAAAAACAAGAUAUAUUGUAUUAAUUUAUGAGCUUGGUAGACUGAUUUUGUGUCUUGUGAAGCCAAGCUAGCUGUCUCUAGCAGUGUUUUAAGAUACUGUAACCUAAGCUAACCGGCUGCUGGCAUUAGCUUGAAAUUUACCUUAAGAACAUGAAAGUGGUGUCAAUGUUCCCAUCUAACUCUCCGCGAAGAAGUGAAUAAGUGCAUUUCUCAGAAUGUCGAACUAUUCCUUAGAAGACCUUUAUGGUUUUUGCUACACUCUUCACCAGCGGCAGUAGAAAUCAAAGAUAAAUCUGUCCGGGUCUUUUAACACAAAAAAAGACACACACCUCAGGAAUCAAACCAAAUCUGAGUUUCACAAGUUGUGUUCUUUUCCAAAGCUUCACCAUCUAAACACUAACCCUGACCAGAUUCAUACACCGUCCUGUGUGAAUUAUUCCGUCAUUUUCUAAAAUUCCUCCUUUUGCCAAUGAAGUUCACCUGUAAAUAGCCGAAUCACCCGAAAAGAUCUCGAUUCACACCUCUCCCAAAACAGGGAGAGCACAGUCAGUGUUUUGCCAUGCUCUAUUAUUUUUUUUCCACAGAUAUAUGUAAAUGUACCCUUUGAGAUAUGUGUUUAGCACUCAAAUACUAGUUCUGCAUUUGAUAUAAUAAUUGUAACGUAACAUCUUGAAUGAUAUGUCGUGAGAGGGACACAGUGCAGUCAUGAUAUAUGAUAUGAUAUGGCUUGGGGUGCUUGUGACGUAUACAUUUUAAAACAUGACAAAAAAAUAUGGAAAUUGAUUUUUAAUGUUUUAUCAGUUUUAGGCAGCUGAGUUGUUGUUGUGAUUCAGUAACUAUGAUUUUAUUGAACUUGUUUCUGCUUAUUUUUUCGACGGCCAGCCAAACGAGUGACUCAUCAACAUGUGAGUUGAGAAAAAAAGUCACUUGUUUUCUUUCCUUUUCUUUUUAACGUCAUGCCUCUCAUAUGAGCCACAGAGACUGUUUUGGAUGUUUACACUCUGAAUAAAACAAGUCAGGAAUUUUCAUACAUUCAUUUUAUAAUCAGACAUGCUUUAAUAAUCAUGAACUAUAUUCUAUAUUGAUCAUCACUGGUUAGUUUACCCUCAAAAAAAAAAAUGAAGAAGAAAACUUUUUGAAUUUUGAUGAGAUGAAGCAUGUCAGUAUCGUCCAUGUGUGCAGCUGUCUAUUCUGUAUAAAAAAGGACUAUAUUGCCAUGUGUGUUAUGUUUGAUAAAUAUACGUGCUUUGCCGGCAGGUUGAUGUAAAGACAAACUUCAAUUUCCUAUAAGACGAUGCGUGUCAGGGUGUUGUUGUUUCCUCGUUAUUUGCAUGAAGGAGACAUGACUGUGUCUUUACAGUUUUUCAGGUGAUGUGUAGUCAAUUGUACCGACAACUAUGGUAGGCGGUGUUUGCCCCCCUCCUCCACACCCCCCCCCCUCUCCACCCACUUUUCUAAAGAAAACUCCAUUGUACUUUGAUGGCAUUGUAGUCCCUGUAGGUGUUUCAUUAUGGUUUUAUUUUUUAAGUUGGAAAUAGUUCUAUGACUCCUAUAUAGUGAUGAUUUUUGUAACCUUCUCUAGUAAAACCGAUAUUUUUUAUUA